AUGUCAUCAGAACGUCGCUGGGAUCAACGCCGCUUUCGGCUCGAGGAGUCGACAACCCUCAACGAUGGCAAGCGCACCAUCUUUAUUGAAACAAUGACUCCAGGGACCACUGUGCCGCCUCACUUCCAUACACGUUUCUCAGAGACAUUCGAUCUCAUCGAAGGGUCUAUUUCUGUCUAUAAAAGCAGUGAUCCCAACAUGGAAGCUUUGGAAGCUUCUGCCCAGCCGCUAGAAGUGGGCAAGCCUCAGACUGUCACACCAAACCUCUUUCACAAGUACCUCGUCAAUGGCGACGGAGGAGCUGUAUUGCGAGUUAUCCUUGAACCAGGCGAUGCCGAUUUUGAGAGGCUGUUGAAGAUCAUGAACGGGCUGGAUGCAGACGGCAAGCUCGCGGCGAUGGGAGAUAGCUUGGUGCUCAUGGCCGUUGUCAUGGAGCUCAGCGACGCUCACCUUAUUGGCCCCGCGAAGGGUAUGUUGGAUGGCGUCAGAAGGGACCACAAGGACGAAAUUGAGAAGCUUAGGGCGGAGUUGUUGAAUGCUUACGAUACUGAAGAAGCGCUGAUGGGACUGCUAGGACGAUCUUAA